UUCUGAUGGAAAAGGAGCAGCUGUGAAGGUGCUGUUUCAAGCUCUUGCUGGUAUUAAAAAAAUAAAUAGUAGCUUGCAUUGGAGAGGGGGAAAUGGGUCAUGUGAUGCCAGCCAUCCUACCCUAUGUCACAGUGUGGAGGAGCGCUGAUUGCUCUUAUCCAAUCAUGCAUGGAAUUCCACUUGCCACUUGGGCUAUUUCUGCUAUCUGUCGCUAUCAGUUCAGCAGUGCUAACAGUUUGGCAGAUGGGACACUUUUUGUUGGAGUUUAUGUCUUUAGUUCUUAACUUCUGGCAGUGCCUGGACUUGUUGCCGUUCCCCCCCCCUCCUUUCUCCUUCAACCAUGGCCCAUCGGCUGCGGUUUCACUUUGGCUCUGGACGAAGCAACACAGCUCCUGAAUCGGAGAUCCUAGACCGUGAGAGAGAAGAUGAUGACUUUUGCAUGGCAUUCCACACUCUGCCAAGAAGGAACGGGCCUCAUCCUUUCUCCAGGCACCGAAUGGAUUAUGGGGAUGGUAGCGGCAAUAUGCAGGAAGUGGGCUCCUUGAAGAGGAGCACGUCCAUGUUUAUUCCUCAGCUUCUGAACAACAUUGAUGCGCGGCCAACCAGGAGCUCCUCGAUGCAGAUCUCCCUACAGUGCAAGGCUGCCAAUGGACACGCUGAUGAGUGCGAGGCCCCAGAGUCCCCAGAGGAGACGUGCAAACUUUCAGAUUUGGGGGAUCAUUAUGCGUCUCUUGUUGGAAACCAUUCUACUCCAAGCAGUCCGCAGGUAACCCCAGAGAAUUCUCCACCCCGGGAGCCUGAGAACAUGGGACAAGAAGUUAAUGGGCAGCCCUCUAAUCAUAGAAUAUUUUGUACAAUGCCUUCUAAUAACUGGAAUGACAAUGGUGCAGCUGUGGCUCAAGAUGAUGAAGCCAACAAAGCCGCAUCUGGGUUAAACAUUAGUGGGGUAAGAAUUCAACAUCGUGCUUCAAGUGUAGAUGCGCCUCAGGUUAUGCUGAUGCCCUUUGGUUCAGAGGUUCAGAAUAAUGCUUCUGCCUCAGAACCCAGGCGCUGGUCCUUGCAGCAUCUGCCUGAUGGGUCGGCCAAUUCAGGAAAGAAGUUCUUUGUUUUCCAAUUACAGCAGCCUCCAUCAAACAGUACAGGGUCAGGAGCAGAUUACAAUUUUGGUUAUACUGGAACAAAAGGGGAUCGAUUGGUGAGGUACCCACGGAUACGCCUGGAAAGGAGUACCUCAUACCCAGUUCAGCAACAAUCGGAACAAUCCAGCCCCAUGGACGACAGAGUGAAUUCAGCACUUGGUGGACAUGGCAGGAAUGGCUCAGACAUACCUAACAGCAAUUCAGUGGAGCGGGUUUCUCCAAGGCAAGGAUGUACGUUCAAAAUCCGACCUGAUCAAAACUCUCGGCAGCAACACUUCAGAAUCCUUGUAACUCGUGGGACUAAUGAAAAAGGUCACCCUUCUGGGCAGGACAGUUCUAGUAUUCCUGGUCAUGUGGCAACCAGCUCCUCAACCAGAGACGACUUCCUGGGCCAAGUAGAUGUACCACUUAAUCAUCUUCCAACUGAAGACCCAACCAUGGAAAGGCCUUACACUUUUAAAGAUUUUCUUCUCAGGCCAAGAAGUCACAAAUCUCGGGUAAAAGGGUUCUUGAGGCUGAAGAUGGCCUACAUGCCAAAGAAUGGUGGCCAAGAAGAGGAUGGUGAUCAGAGGGAGGACUCUGAGCAUGGCUGGGAGGUGGUGGACUCCAAUGAUUCUCCCUCUCAACGCCAGGAAGAGUUACCACCUCCUCCCUUGCCCCCUGGAUGGGAAGAAAAGGUGGACAAUCUUGGACGUACCUACUAUGUCAACCAUAACAACAGGACAACACAAUGGCACCGACCAAGUUUAAUGGAUGUGGCAUCUGAAUCAGACAACAACAUUAGACAGAUAAAUCAAGAGGCAGCCCACCGAAGGUUUCGAUCCAGGAGGCACAUCAGUGAGGAUUUGGAUCCAGAGCCUUUGGAGAGCGGAGAGGUACCUGAACCUUGGGAGACUAUUUCAGAAGAGGUGAAUGCAAGCAGUGAUUCCUUAAGCCUCUCCUUGCCACCCCCACCUGCUUCCCCCAUCUCUCGGACCAGUCCUCAGGAGCUCUCUGAUGAACUGAACAGAAGAUUUCAGAUCACUCCUGAUUCAAAUGGGGAACAACUCUCUUCUAUGAUUCAAAGGGAUCCUUCUGCACGGUUAAGAUCUUGCAGCGUAACUGAUGCAGUUGCUGAGCAGUCCCAUUUAUCACUGCCGAGCGGCCCAUCUAGGAGAGCGCGUUCUUCAACUGUCACAGGUGGUGAGGAGCCAACGCCAUCAGUGGCCUAUGUACAUACUACACCUGGCUUACCAUCAGGCUGGGAAGAAAGGAAGGAUGCUAAGGGACGCACUUAUUAUGUCAAUCAUAAUAAUCGAACCACUACUUGGACUCGGCCCAUCAUGCAGCUUGCCGAAGAUGGUGCAUCUGGGUCAACCUCAAACAGUAACAACCAUCUAAGUGAGCCGCAGAUAAGACGGCCUCGUAGCCUCAGUUCUCCCACAGUAACUUUAUCCGCGCCACUCGAGGGUGCUAAGGAUUCUCCUGUGCGAAGAGCUGUGAAGGACACCCUUUCCAACCCACAGUCUCCGCAGCCCUCUCCAUAUAAUUCUCCAAAACCACAGCAUAAAUUAACACAAAGCUUCUUGCCUCCUGGCUGGGAGAUGCGAAUAGCACCUAAUGGCAGGCCUUUCUUCAUUGAUCAUAAUACAAAGACCACUACGUGGGAAGAUCCACGACUGAAAUUCCCAGUACACCUGAGGUCAAAGGCUGCUUUAAACCCUAACGACUUGGGUCCCCUUCCCCCUGGUUGGGAAGAAAGGAUACAUUUGGAUGGAAGAACGUUUUAUAUAGAUCAUAGAAGCCAGGUGUUGAUAUGUGGCGACAUUCAUACCCGAGACUUAGUGCCCUCCUACGAUAAUAAAAUUACCCAGUGGGAAGACCCUAGGCUGCAGAAUCCAGCUAUUACUGGUCCAGCUGUUCCAUAUUCCAGAGAGUUUAAACAGAAAUAUGACUACUUCCGGAAGAAGUUAAAGAAACCAGCAGAUAUACCAAACAGGUUUGAGAUGAAGCUCCACAGAAAUAAUAUUUUUGAAGAAUCGUAUAGAAGAAUCAUGUCAGUGAAGAGACCAGAUGUAUUAAAAGCUAGACUUUGGAUAGAGUUUGAAUCAGAAAAGGGCCUUGACUAUGGAGGUGUGGCCAGGGAAUGGUUCUUCCUGUUGUCCAAGGAAAUGUUCAACCCAUAUUAUGGCCUCUUUGAAUAUUCUGCAACGGACAACUAUACUCUGCAGAUCAAUCCUAAUUCAGGUCUUUGUAAUGAAGAUCAUUUGUCUUACUUCACCUUCAUUGGACGAGUUGCUGGUUUAGCAGUGUAUCAUGGCAAACUUUUAGAUGGUUUCUUCAUUAGGCCUUUUUACAAGAUGAUGCUGGGGAAACCAAUAACCCUGAAGGACAUGGAAUCAGUGGACGGUGAAUAUUACAACUCCUUGAAAUGGAUCCUGGAGAAUGACCCAACUGAGCUGGAUCUCAUGUUUUGCAUAGAUGAAGAGAACUUUGGACAGACAUAUCAAGUUGACUUGAAGCCAAAUGGAUCUGAUAUCACGGUCACAAACGAAAACAAAAGGGAAUAUAUUGACUUAGUCAUCCAGUGGAGGUUUGUCAACAGGGUUCAAAAACAAAUGAACGCAUUUCUGGAGGGCUUCACAGAACUCCUGCCUACUGACUUAAUUAAAAUAUUUGAUGAAAAUGAGCUGGAGUUGCUAAUGUGUGGCCUUGGAGACGUGGAUGUGAACGACUGGAGACAGCACGCAAUCUACAAGAAUGGAUAUUGUCCAAACCAUCCUGUCAUUCAGUGGUUCUGGAAGGCUGUUCUACUAAUGGAUGCUGAGAAACGUAUCCGGCUAUUGCAGUUUGUAACUGGGACGUCACGAGUGCCUAUGAAUGGAUUUGCUGAACUUUAUGGUUCAAAUGGUCCUCAGCUGUUUACAAUAGAGCAAUGGGGAAGCCCUGAGAAGUUACCCAGAGCUCACACAUGCUUUAAUCGCCUUGAUUUACCUCCUUAUGAAUCUUUUGAUGAAUUACGAGAGAAGCUUCUGAUGGCUGUUGAAAAUGCUCAAGGAUUUGAAGGAGUGGAUUAAGAUGGCGCUUGAUCUUUAUUACUCUUUUUUUAAAAAGAAAACACACACACACAAGGUUCUGUUCACGGAGCAAAUUCUGUGUGCACUUUUCAACUGGCCUGACAAGACAUUUACGAGAGACAGUGGCAGAACAAGUUGCACAGCGGUUGGUUCAUGGAGCAAACUCUUGUACAGUGCAGAUGUCUAAAUCCAGCGAUUGGAAGUAACUUUCUCCCACCUGUGGAUCGUAUUUCUGACACUUCCACGGCAAAUUACCAACUGGUUGGCGUGUAUUCUUGAUUACAUUUCAGCAGGACUUACUCUAUUUAUGUUGUGCCUCUGUAGGCAGAAGCCCUUAAUAAAUGUUUUACAUACUUUCUAAUGACAAUGAAUGGAAUUAAAAUCAUUUUACAGGUAUAGUAUUACAGCUCAUGUUUACUUUUUAAAAAAUGAUUUAGACGUUUUCAGAUGUUGUUUCAUUACAAUGAAAACAAACAUAAUAUAUUGGGGGCAGCGGAUGAGCUUAUUUCCCCACCCCCACCCACCCUCUUAAUUUCAAUCUAGGCUCCAUGCCAGUGGCAUUUUAUUUCCAAAACUGCCUUUUUUAUUGUUCAACCCUGUUCCAGUGACCUUUUAGAGACCCAGCAGCAAGCUUUUUGUAAGAAAAUACCUGCAGAUUCACUGUAUUAUCAGAAAAUACCUAAUGCCUUUGAAUCUUGUGCAUUGAGCUUUCACAGACAACAGAGAGAAAACAUAAUUAGUGAUAGGGUGUAUAGUGUUUUAUACAAAUCAGCAGACUAUUUACAAGCUACAAGAGGAUCAAAACAUAAAAACACAGCAUGCCAAAUCUCUCAGUCAAUACAGAAAUUGCCUCACUAUUCCUUAAUAUUUAUAUGUAUUAUAGCUCUUCUGGUGAUAGGGUUGGCAUUAUUGUCAUAGCAGGAAAAUGCUUAAUCCUGUUGCUUACCUUUGUACAGUGACUGUUUUACUAAUUCGUUACUCUUUGCAAUGAAAGCAUUUUGAAUGAAUCCUGGUACUGCUUGAUCCGUGGAAACGAGGUCCAUGCGGUCUCCUGUUUGUAUGCAUUUGCUAAUGGUAUCUAAAUGAUAAAGUCCCUCCCCCCUUUAUUUCUAACUGCACCAGUUCUAAAAGCACUUUAUGUACCACAUGGAGCUCAUAUCUCUUUUUUAAAAAAAUCAUAAGCAUUAAUGUGAUGAUACACCUUCUCCCUACACGUCUCUUUGGUGCAAUAUCCUUCCAUUGUGAAUUUGGCGGUGGCUGAAAAAGUAAACAAAGCUUAAAAACUGAACUUGCAGACACUUAAUUGUAUUUUAUGGGACUGAGUCCCUGCUCCCCGACCAAGAUUUAUUUAAUAUAUGCAGUUAUCUGGUCACCUUUGUAACCUAUGACAUGUUGCAUGAUUAAACAAAAAUGCUUGACUGUGA